ACGCUGUCUGUGUAUGAAUGAGUGUAGUUUAUUAUUAGUGUUUUAAUUUAUUUUAAAAUGAUCUUAUUAUUUAAAUUAUUUUUGAGUGCACUCUGUAUAGUUGUUGUAAAUUCAAACCGCAACAAUGUCAUGGAUUGGGAUCUUUAUGAAGAAGUUAUUGAUUUGCAGCAAUGUGGAGAACAACUGGCCUAUAUACAAAACCAUACUUUGCUAAUGAGUCGAUUCAUUGACGCCAGCUUCAGAUUUCCCCCUAGAAGUAUUCUCAAAGGCAACACGAGAGACACGGGGAGCUAUUUCCAAUGUCUCGAUAUCAGUCAUCAGACAACAGACAUGGACAUCAGAGGAAAGUACUCUGUUGUACGAAUACCCUUACAACAAGACGACUUCGAGUUCCCAACUUUACCUGAUAUACCUGAAUGGCCUGAAUUACCCCCUUUACCGAAUAUCACCUGGCCUAUAAUUCCAAAUCCAAAUAGCACUGAAGAAGAAUCAGGUGAAUCCACUGAGGAACUGUUUGCCAAAUUCCAUGAUUAUCAGAUGAUGCGGUAUGGUGCGCAUUUUUUGUUGGGAGACGGCAUCGAACCAAGAGCUGCAGCGGAUAGUCCUUUAGCUGGGAUGCAAAUGGAACUGGCUAUGUGCAUCCCAAAAGUGUGCACAUCAAAGUACGCUUUGGAUUUCGUGACUUACAAUGCAACUAGCAACUUGACCAUGACUGAAGCUUUCGUCCGACUUCCAAAUGACAAGCCGUGGGUAGCUGCUGAUUACGUGGCAAUAGUUAUAUUCUCCAUAAUUGGUCUUUUGACUGUGUUGAGCACUGGAUAUGAUGUCCGACAUACAAUACUACUUGAAAGAGAUCCAAAGAGAGCCAAUAAGAUCUGCACACUAUUUUCUGUCUACACUAACACGAAAAACUUUUUCGUUUUCGCUUCGAAUCCCAAUGCGAUUACUUGCCUUGAUGGAAUCCGCUCCUUCGCCAUGAUGUGGGUCAUCGUGGGACACACUUUUGUCACACAAGUGACUUAUAUUCCAGAGAAUCCUUUGGAUAUACUUGAAUUUAUGAAGUCAUUUUGGGGCUUAUGGAUCACUAGUGCAACCAUCACCGUAGACACAUUCUUCAUGAUCAGCGGUUUGCUUAUUGUCUACACGACAGCAGCAAAAGUAUCAAGAAGAUCUUUGAUAAGAAAAAUCCACCUCUUCUACCUUAAUCGUAUUCUGCGUAUGUUCCCAAUAUUAGCAGCUAUGGUUCUGAUCGAAGCUUCGUUCCUUCAUAGAACCACAGACGGUCCAUACUGGAACGUGAUGACCACGAACGUCAACGAUUGUAGAACGAAUUGGUGGAGUACUUUGCUGUUUAUACAGAAUUGGGUCAAUCCUUUGAACCAGUGCCUGUACCACACCUGGUAUCUUGCCGUGGACAUGCAACUACAUAUUGCAUCUCCCAUCAUAUUGUUCUGGAUCUUGGGACAGCGUUCCUUCAGUGCCUGGUGCGCCAUGGUCGCAUCUCUCAUCGCGGCAAUUGUUGGAGCCACAACGUACAACUUUAUCAACAAUUUCCAAUCUGCCGUUAUUCCUUUAGGACGACCUGCUGGAGAUUUACCUGUUUACUUGAGCAGUUAUUACUUCCACACAUUAAACCGAAUUUCGCCAUUCAUCAUCGGAAUGAUGGUUGGGUACGUGCUUCACCUGUAUCGGGGGAAGACGGUCCGGAUGCCAAAGGCAUUAGCUGGUUUCCUCUGGCUCGUAGCAGCUGUAGUGUCAUUCAUGAUCAUCUUCACCACGUACUUCAACAUCCAGCCUGACUGGGACAACCAGCUGGCUGAUAACAUCAUCAACUCUUCGAUUAGACCAGCCUGGGCUGUUUGCAUUGGUUGGCUGGUCUUCGCGUGUAAGAGCGGCUAUGCAGGUCCAAUCAACUGGGUGUUAUCGCUGCACAUAUUCAAGAUCCUUGGCCGUCUCUCAUACGCAAUGUACAUCGUACAUUUCCCGUUAAUAUUUUUGAUGAACGCCACUACACUUCAUCCUAUUUACUUUGCUGUGAAUUACUCUAUGUACAAAUUCUUUGUGGAUUUCACACUGACCGUAAUUGCGGCUUUCUGUUUGACCGUAUUCAUAGAUGCUCCUUUGACAAGCAUUAUCAAGAUCUUCUUGGGUGGAGGAUCAAGACCACCACUAAAAGUGGUACCACCUUCUGCACCGAAAGAUCCAGAAUUGGCUUUCAAAGCUGUGGACGUAGUGGACAACUCCUUACCAAAUGAUUACAUGGCUAAGACGAGAAUGUAACUGACGUUUUUACGGUUACAGAGAAACCACAUUGAUCUUUUCUCAUUAUUGGUUUAGUUUUGAAAAUCAAUAUUGAUUUUGUGGCAGGAGUGAUCUGCAGUUUAAUUACCUCCUUUUUAUAAGGUUUUGUUUAGAAAAUAAUAAGUGACAAUGAUUUUGUACUCGUAGUUGCUUAUUUAUUAUUUGACAAUAUGACGACGGCACCAUAAGUUAAACUGUGGUAUCAUAAGUGUUAUUUGCUUUUUUGCAACAAAAUAAUAAUUAUUUUGUCACAAUUUGUAGAUCUAUUGCUAUACAAUGCAAAAUAUUUAGUCGUAAGUUUGUAAAUAUUAAAAUAGU